AUAUAAACUGGUAGACUUGAUAAGUGUAAAUAUACUGCAGAAUAUUUUCCAUUAUAUGGAGUUAUAUUGUAUUUUAUUCGAAUAGAUUAUAAUUAAUAUAUUCAUCUUUAAGGUAAAUAUAUUCAUUAAAUUUUCUUCUACCUUUUCAUAUAACUAUUAUAAAUUACAAUUUGGGUUUUGUAGAGUAAUAGAUAAAAUUUAUGGCUAGCACGUGUUUACUGGGCAUCAUUGAUGAUGAAAUAGAAAAUGAUUGCUCAACAUCUCUGACAAAUAAGAUUGGAGGAAGACCUGUAAUAAUAAUUUAUAUAAUUAAACUUAUAAAGCAUCAUUUGAUGACUCUUUUUUUUAAAUGUAUAUGUUAGAUUUGGCUGACAACGCCAGUAGACGUCAACUGUAAAUUAUGUUCAGCAAAAUCAACUUUCCUUGCCCAAAUGUAUUGUCCAAUAGGAGAUAGUAUUUAUAAUAGGACUAUCUACAUUUUUGCUUGUCCUAAUAAAAGUUGUUGGAUAAAAUCUGACAGGUAAGAAGAUGUUACACAUCAAUAAAGUACCUUUUGACCUAUACUGUUUUAUACUGAAUAGUUGGACAGUUAUUAGACAAAUGAGAAAAGAGGAUAGAAGCUAUGAAAAUGUUGACGAAACGCCUGUUUUAAACGAUAAGAUCGAUUGGUGUGAUGACGCGGAUGAUUGGGGCUUAAAUGAUGAUUUUUCAAAAGCUUCCCAAUCAAAACAGGAAACAGUUAUAAAUAAAGAUAGAGAUAUUUCUGAAAGUAUACAAAAUCUUGAAAUAUCAUCAGCAAUUAACGUAGAACCUGCAAAAAUUUUACCAAGAUAUAUAAAUGUUAUGGAGGAGAUUGACAAGAAACACUUGAUGGAUGAAAUUACACUGCAACACGAGAAGGAACUAUUAGCAAAAUAUUCUUUAGCCGAUAAUUUAGAUAUUGAUAGUAAAAACUCCGCUUCCGGUAGUAGAUCUGGAUGUGAAAAUUAUGAGAAAUGCCGGCCAGAAUAUGGUGAUAAACAUUUAAUUAAGUUUUAUAAAUACAUUUCUCGUCUUCCUGAACAAAUAAUUCGGUAUUGCUACGGUGGAGAUGCUAUUCCUAUGCAAGAACAUAAAGCGAAUGAAAAAUGUACCAAUUGCGGUGGAGAUACGUUAUACGAAGUUCAACUUAUGCCUGCUUUAGUUCAAUACGUUGAAAUUGAAUUUGGAACUGUACUAAUUUAUACUUGUUCCAAUAAUUGUUACAAAUCAGAUUAUAUAUUUGAAUAUGCUUUCGUACAAAAUGAUGUUGACGAUGAAAAGUUAAGGGAUUACGAGAAUAAACGAUUAUAA